AAGAAACCUCAACCCCAUUUAAAAGCAAAAAGAAAAAGAAAAAAAAGGACAAUGGAAAAUAUUCUUCCUCAAUUGCAUGUUAGAAAUUUAGGUAGAAGAAGCUCAAGACAUUCAACGAAAUAUCAUGGUGUAAGAAGAAGGCCAUGGGGUAGAUAUGCAGCUGAGAUUAGAAAUCCAAACACAAAACAAAGGCAUUGGCUUGGCACUUUUGAUACUGCUGAAGAAGCUGCUUUGGCUUAUGAUAUUUCUUCUAUUGCUUUUUGUGGUAUUGAAAAUGCACGUACUAAUUUUGUUUACCCAUUCAUGUCUUUUCCUUCACCUUCUUCUCAACCACCACCAUCACCACCACCUCCUCCGCCGACACCACCACCGUCAACACCAGAGUUGGAAGUGGUUGAAAAUGAAGAAGAUGAUAAUGAUAAUGAUGAUGAUGAGUCUCUUGUUAUUGCUUCUAUUUUACAAAGUUUUCGCCAUUCAAACACAUUAGACAAACUAGUUUUUUGAGGAUAUUUUCAACAGUUUUGAAGUUAUUCUUCUUUCUUUUAGCUUAUUUCCCUUUUCUUUUGUGUUAUUUGUCGAGGGUCAACGAAAAAAAGGAGUUAUGCUCUUUUA